AUGACUUCGUUACAGCCGCAUGAUUUACCUGUGUCGCAGCCGCAUGAUUUACCUGUGACGCAGCCGCAUGAUUUACCUGUGUCGCAGCCGCAUGAUUUACCUGUGACGCAGCCGCAUGAUUUACCUGUGUCGCAGCCGCAUGAUUUACCUGUGACGCAGCCGCAUGAUUUACCUGUGACGCAGCCGCAUGAUUUACCUGCGUCGCAGCCGCAUGAUUUACCUGUGUCGCAGCCGCUUGAUUUACCUGUGACGCAGCCGCUUGAUUUACCUGUGACGCAGCCGCUUGAUUUACCUGUGACGCAGCCGCUUGAUUUACCUGUGACGCAGCCGCAUGAUUUACCUGUGACGCAGCCGCAUGAUUUACCUGCGUCGGUGGCCAGGAAAGAACGUUUUGUUGCGUUCCACCCAGGCAGAACGCUGCGUUCGCCGUGA